GUUUAACCAGGGCCAAGUUUGAACUGUUCUAUCAAUUCUUGGGGCUUGUGUUGAGGGAAAGCUAGGCCUAUCUACUGGUAAACUUGGUCCGGGCUUCAUCAAUCGUUGUAUGGACGUCAAGCGUUGAUGUUGGCACGAUGUGCACGCACUAGUAUCUUCGGACCCGCUUUGCGCAGCUCAGUGCGCGGAGCACUUGAUUUCCCCGCCGCAUGUAGGCGCCAUGUCCGCACUUUCCCGCCGUACGCAUUCACGAAGCCGGUGCAAGAGAAGGAACGUGCGGAAGCGAUCGAUCACGCCCGUGUCAAUACUCUGCUUCAUUCGCUCACGCGUAGUCUCGACCGCGACAACUCCAAGCCAAACCCGGACGCCGCAUAUGCCCUCUUCACCUCCGCCCUGCCAACUUUCACGUCCGGCCUGGCCAGGCGUGAUGCGUAUGAACGAGCAACAAAUAUGUUCCUCAUUUACGGCGCAUACAAGCACGCACUGGCUCUCCAUUACGAAAUGCGCAACGAGCGGCAUAUGCCCAGUCCCAAGUUGCAGGCGCUUAUAGUGGCGCUAAAGAUUGCCGAGGACGCCAGUUAUUGCGCCUCUGACGACCACAUGCUCGCCGCACUGCAGCCCGUUCUCGCCCUGCCGAAUUACACGGAGAACGCUCUUCGACAUCUGCUUCAUUUUCUUUGCGAAGUUGCGCCGUCCGGCCAGCUUGUGAACCGUAUCCUCGACGCGUUCAUUGAGGCCCGUAACAAGGAGCUCAAGGAGAAGAUACCACGGAGGCAGAGGACGAGGCGCAACUACGAAGAGUAUGAGCUGCACGAGACCACAGUUUGCGCGCUGGUGAAUAUCCACUCGAAACUUGGCACAUACGACUCGGCAGAGGCACUCCUCGAGGACGCCGAUGUGGCCAGUGUCUUCCAGGCCUUCCUUGCCAACCUAUCGGAUGAAAUCGACACGAAGCAGUCUUCCAGCAACGUGGAGAUGCCUACUCAAGAUCCAAUUUGCGGCAGCGGAAGGCUUCCCCCUCCUUACAUGAGUGCCGAAGAGGUAUUGGCGCGCAUGGCCAGCUCAGGCGUUCCGCCCGACAUUGUUGUCUUCAACAUCCUCAUCGCGCGAGAGGUGCGCCGAAGCCAGCUGGAGAAAGCAUUCGCGAUUUUCGAGAUGCUUCUCGCCGCAGGUCUCACACCAGAUGGAACCACUUUCGCGUCGCUCUUCGUCGCGUUGAAGAAAUUGGAGCGCGCGCGUAUCGACAUGGCGGAGGGCCGCAGGCGGUCCGCUCGGACUAGGCGGGUGAAGGUCGGGGAACAUAUGCGCACGACCCAUCGGUCACUGAACACAGAGAUCGGUUUCGGGGACCAGCACUCUGGCUCCCGCCUGCGUGCUCUGUAUCAUGCCAUGCUGUACACCCAUGCCAAGGAGACCACCGGGCGCAUGGCAGCAUCCUCGAAGAUCGUCACAUCCUCCACCCUUACUGUGGCGCUCAGGGCUUUCCUCGCCGCCAGGGAUUACGCGGGCGCUUAUGUGGUCAUACGGACGUUCGCGAUUUGCCGGGUGGACGUACCUGCCCGAGCCUGGCUUUCCGUCUUCAAAGAACUCAGUCGACGGGCACGAUUGGACAUACCCCAGGCCCAGCGACAGCUCGCCAUCAGCGCUCGCUGGGGCGUUGGCGAUGAGAAGGGCAUGACGUGGAUCCUUCAGUUUCUGGGCGGCGCUAUCCAGAACUGGAUGGGCAUUGAGGGCGAGACGCUCCAAGCCCUGAUAUACGCCCAGAUGAUGCACUUCGGUCAGAUUCCCUCCGUGCGUUUGCAAUUGGACCCAGAAGACAUCAUCGGCAUGCAGGACGCGUACAAUCUGCACGAGUCGGUGCAGUCGAUACAGGGCACAGCACCUACGUUUCUCGCGGACGAGACGUACGCUAUGAAUCAUCCCAUAUCCGCUACCAAGAUUCAGAGGAGAAACGUGGUCCCGUCACUGGCUAUGCUUCUGGGUCUUGAACCCUUCCCACAGGCAACUGUCACGUCGUUCGCUCGUGCACCCCUCGAGCGGCUCAUCCGACGUGCUAUUCUCUCGUCUAUGGACCCAGCCGAUAACAGCGAGAUUCUGUAUGCGGAAAAGCAGGGGAAUGUCGUAGUGCACCCGAACCUCAUGGCGGCGGCAGACGGCAGAAGGCUCGCGAACGUCGUCGCCAAUGCGAAGCUAGAGAUGGUGCCGGAGCUUGGCCGAGGCAUGGGACACAUGUACCGCCAUCGCAAGCUUGAUUACGUGAAGAAAAGGUUUACGCGGCGUCGUGGACAGCAGCUAGGUCCCAGUGAACCGGUGGUGCAGGAAUUCAACGCGUAAGCGACGUGUGUAAGCUGGCGCCAAGCGCCGGUCCCGACUCCCCCCCUUGGCAUGUGCGUUAUGGCAUACGCAGUCACAUAUGGCCGAUGAGGCUGUGAACAUAGGUAAAUUUGAGUAGAUAGGCUUAUUAAUCGGAUAAUAAACCG